AUGGACAGCUCCCCAAGCUUGGCUUCUGUUGCCCCCCAGCUCACUUAUCAAGAGCAGAGCUCCCCUCCAACUCCCACAUUCUCUCCUCCGCCAUGGCCAUUGACCGAGAUUGACUACGAUCUCCAGGAACUCAGCAAGAUGGAGACCGCCGUGCGCUGGGCUCCUGCCUCUACAGCUGAGGAUCAGCGGUUCCUCUACGUCGAUUCCAAGGGCCAAACAUUCAGUCACUGCAGAGUGACUUCGCGUCCGGACAAGUCCACUUUGAGCUACGAGGUGCUCUCGUCGGCCUCCAAUGGCUCAGAGUUUCGUUCGUUUGACUGGUCUCCGAUUGAGGAGAAGCUCGUCGCGGUUGGGCACGCGAUGGGGGAAGUGGUUGUCGUCCAUCUCGAGGACGGCACGCGGACCCCGCUCACGCUGCCCUCCAAGGUCCAGCGAGUCUGUCAUGGGCUUGCUUGGAACACCCGUGGCCUUUUGGCUGCGGAGUUGGAUAAAUUUAGGGGUGACCAUUGUGUUUACAUUUGGGAUCCCAAUCAGCGACCUGUGCGAGGUACUUCGCGCGGCGGGUCGGACCGUCAGGUUCCUGACCCCCUACGAAAGUACGCAAACGGGGAGCCGGUGACGAGCCUCACCUUUUUAAGAGACCAGCCAAAUGUUCUGAUCGCUGGCACGAAAGGGCAGUCGAAUUACUUCGCCUCGUGCGCGCCACACGACGAUGCCACAGUCUGCAUCUGGGACCGCCGUUCGGGUUCAAGAUACUCGGCCGCGACGGGAGGCUCUUCCGGCACUAUCGAUGGCGGCCAGGUGUUGGAAAUCAAACCGGAUAUCGACACCGGAUCGACGAUCUGGAAUUUGCGAUUCUCUCAGACCCACCGAGGCCGUUUAGGCAUGUCGACCGAUACGGGGAUAUUUAGAGCUUAUCACGUCGAGAAAGAAUACUCUGCGGAGGAACACCGUGUGACGUUGGAGAAGACAGUUGGAGGAGAAUCCGGCAAGAAUUAUCCCGAAUUGCUGUACACGAAGAACGUUCGCGAAUUUCAAACUGGUUCUCCGCCACAAGCUCGAAGUGAAGAUCCUUCAAAGCGCGUUGGAGCCUUCGAUUUUUUGAACUUUUGUUCAUCGGGCGACCUGGAAGCUAUCACUAUUCUAAACGAUAAGACCGUCGCCAUGUACAGACUCCCGCCGAUCCCUGGGCCAGUUAGCUUGUCAUUUCAAAGUCUUUUCGUUCGUGGAGGCUUUGCCAAUGGACAAGACUUCAAAACCAUCGCACCCGAAACCGGAGUGAAAGUCGGACAGGCCCUUGAUGAUGCUCAGGGUCGAGCUUUUGAGAUGAAAUUGGAAGCAGAGAUGGAAGAAAAAGAAGUCGAAGACGAGGAAGACCUAACCGAGAUUUGGAACCUUUCAAGCAGAGCGCGUCGGGAGCUAUUCGUGUUGCCCGAAAAGGCAGCUAACUUCAAGGAUGCGCUAACAAUGAUGGCGGUCCCCCGGCUACGUCUUCAAGAAGGACACCUCCUUGACCCUAGGAGAAUUUUCAACAUUGUUACUGAGGAUCCUGGUUUGCUGAGUCUUUGGGACUGGAUUUCUUUUGCCCGUACACGCGCAGCUAGCAAAUCACAAAUAGUACGUGGUGUGGACAUGAACUACUUGGGAGUUCAAAGUGUUUGGACUGGGAAUCUCGGCUUGAGCCUUGAGAAUCGACUCGCUAGUUCUGAUUUGGAUGACGAUGUCGACGUAAGCAAGCUUAUCGAAGAGUUAGUAAAGCAGCUGGAACUUCCUGACUAUAAAAUGUGCGAUACGGAUUUCAAGACACGGCGCCAGCUUUGCCUAGAUAUAUGCGGCGGCAUUGGAACCGUGAAACAGCUCGAAAAGGAGAUGGCUGCUUUCAUCAAGGCGGAUGAAAUAACCAAAGCUGCAUUAUUCGCAAUGUUCCAAGAGGAAGACGACCUGGCUUACAAAGCACUGAAAGAUUCACCAGCCGAAAUGCACAAAUUCUUGGCCAUGGCAGUUGCCGGUGGUUCGACGGCGAAGGAGAAUAAAGAUUGGGAUGAAGCCUGUGCUGAGCUCGCAAUAAGAAGCAUCGACCCUUUUACCAAAGCCAUCCUUGCACGAGUACGCAAAGGUAGCUGGGACGUGGUCCUUGAAGAGACAACAUCACUUCCGUUGAAAUAUCGUGUGCAGGUGGCUCUUCGUUGGCUUCCGGAUGACAAGCUCACAACGUACAUAAGAGACGCGACUUCGGAAGCGGUAAGACAAGGUGACAUUGAAGGCUGGGUGCUCACGGGUCUUGACCACGCUGCCAUGGAUUUAUUUGACUCGUAUAUUGAUAAGUUCAAUGAUUUCCAAACCGCCGUCUCGGUCAUGAGCUAUGCUGUUCCCCGGUUUAUUUCCGACCCACGCAACAUAAGUCGAUUUUAUGGCUGGCGCAAUGCCUAUCGCUAUCAAAUGAAUAGAUGGAAGAUGUAUCUUUGGCGAGCACGAUUUGAUAUCAAUUCCCGCGAUUUGGCAGUCACAUGGGAUGGCCGCAGGCUCACGAAACCACCGCCUCAGCAGGUUAGCUUAGUAUGCACUUACUGUACUCAGCUACUUUCGCAGAAAGGGGAACAGCCGGAGCACGAGGUCUCUGGCGCGGAAACCAUCCACCAUACCCAAGGCAACCCCCUUGGAUCAUCGCAGACGGGUGGAAUAAUUUGUCCCAAGUGCGGUCGUCACAUGCCACGAUGCGGAGUUUGCGGAGGGUGGCUCGGCACACCACGUCCAAUGCCAAAAUCAUCUGUUGCGGAAGAUGCCACAAAGGGAAUAGCAGCUCUGCGCUUGGAAGAAGGAUUGAGAAAAUCUGUGGCGUUUUGCAUCCGAUGCAGCCAUGGAAACCAUGCAGAUCAUGCGAAGACCUGGUUCGAAACACAUCGAAAAUGCCCGGUUACCGAUUGCAAUUGCAUGUGCCGCGAAUAG